AAGCCAAACAGCCUGCGUUAGCUUCACUGUAAUGACGUUAGCCUCUUGGAUGUUUUUUUCCGCCGUUAAUGAGUUUGGAUACCGGGGACCGACAUCCAUGAACCUCUCCGGCCAUCUGCAGCACAACCACCGUGACCUCCACGAAGUCAGCUCAGUGUCCAGCGGGCGAUCCUGAAGGAAGUGGUGACCCUGCCUACCUGACACCCUGCUUCUCCUGCCCUCCCCCCAACUCUGCCCCCCCACCCACUGUCCUGAUUGGGUCUCUGUACUGCCGGCGGUGGAUUGGAGCACUCUGAUUGAAGGCCUUGCGAGGUGGUUUUUCGGUCUGGCGCCGCCUCCCCCCGGGGCCGGCGUGCGCUCCCAGCAGCCCGUGGUGCCCUGCGCCCCUCCCUCCCCGUCACUGCACAACAGAGCCCAUGCCCAAGGAGGAGGCGCAGUGCGUCCGCCAGGAGCCAUGUGCCUCCCUCACACUAACAACAUGGACAACAAGUUACAGGGGGCGGGGCAGGGGGGAGGGGCUGCACUUCGACCACGGGCAGGAGGCGUUCCACUGGAGCCCUUCGUACACCAGGUGGGGGGUCACACCAGUAUGAUGCGUUAUGAUGACCACACGGUGUGUAAGCCUCUGAUCAGCAGAGAGCAGCGCUUCUACGAGUCUCUGCCUCCAGAGAUGAAGGAGUUCACUCCAGAGUAUAAAGGUGUAGUGCUGGUUUGUUUUGAAGGUGACUCUGAUGGCUACAUCAACCUGGUGGCCUACCCCUAUGUGGAGAGCAACAUGGAGGGAGGGAUGGCAGAGCACGAGGAGCGAGACCCUCCAGAGAGGGAGCAGCCAAGGAGGAAACACUCCCGGCGCAGCCUCCAUCGAUCCUCCUCCUCUUCUGAACACAAGGAUGAGCGGGCCGACAGGAGGGAGGCGCACGACUCCGACACUUCGGAUAAUCUUGGAGAGCUGAAGAGUCCCAGGCUCGACCCAAAGAUCCACUCGGACGUUCCCUUCCAGAUGUUGGACUGGAACAGUGGGUUGAGUUCGGAGAAGAUCAGCCACAACCCCUGGAGCCUCCGCUGCCACAAACAGCAGCUCAGCCGCAUGAGGUCUGAAUCCAAGGACCGCAAACUCUUCAAGUUUCUGUUGUUGGAGAACGUUGUUCACAAAUUCUUUUACCCCUGCAUCCUGGACCUGAAGAUGGGCACCAGGCAGCACGGAGACGACGCCUCCGAGGAGAAGGCGGCCAGGCAGAUGAGGAAAUGUGAACAGAGCACUUCAGCGACACUGGGAGUCAGAGUGUGUGGCAUGCAGGUGUACCAGCUGAACACCAGUCACUACCUCUGCAGGAACAAGUACUACGGCCGCGGCCUGUCGAUCGAAGGCUUCCGCCAGGCCCUCUACCAGUACUUGCACAAUGGAAAGGGUCUGAGGCAGGACCUCUUUGAGCUAAUCCUGAAUAAGCUUCGCAGCCUGAAGGCGGUGCUGGAGAGGCAGGCGUCCUAUCGCUUCUACUCGUCUUCGCUGCUCAUCAUCUAUGAGGGAAAGGAACCUGAGGUCCUCAGCUCCGGGCAGCAUGCGUCCUCACACCUGAAGACUCCUGCAGCCCCUCCAGAGCCCCACUGUGGCCCCGGCCUCCACGCACCUCCUGCCCCAGACACUCCCUGUGAAACGGACAUGAGCCAGAACCCAGACCCGGGGUUACUGUCCUCUCAGGGACCUGGACUGAUGACUACUCCCUCCCCCUGCCCGCGUCCUCCCCCACAGGUCCCGCCCUCCAACUCAGACUGCCACUCCUUCCUCCCCCCUCACCCCUUGCCUCACCCGCAUCCAGACUCCUCCCCUGCUCCUAGCUUAAAUUCCUUCUCCCCUCCUCCUGCUCCGCAGCAGCCCCCCCUGGUGGAUGUACGUAUGAUCGACUUCGCCCACUCCACCUUCAAGGGUUUCCGUGGCGACACAGCAGUGCACGACGGGCCGGACCGAGGCUAUGUGUUUGGACUGGAGAGCCUGGUCCAGAUCCUGGAGAGCCUGCGGGACGACAACCUGCCGUAGCUCCGAACACACACACCUACACACACACACACACACACACACACACACACACACAUCUUGUUGUGAGUUAGUUCAGGUCGUACAGUCAGUGCAGGUCGUGCCGCGGUGUUCUCAAGAACUGAGAUGGUUUGGCUGUAAAUAUGAAACAAGGCUCUUCAGGACGUCACCAUGGCAACAUGGGCAUUCUACAGUCAAGUAGUUACUAUAGCAACCGCCAGGAGGUGGGACAGUGGAGCCAAAAUGGCUGCAACUUCAAGCUGAUAUGGAGAACCUCUGAGGCUCUACACAACAUGCACACAACUCACACACACACACACACACACACACACACACAUUUGUACUUCUAUACUUGUGAGGACCUGCAUUGAUUUAAUGCAUUCCCAGCCCCUCACCCCAACCUGAGCCGUCACCACUAACCAUCACAGUCCAACUGUAAAGUCCUCCUCCGCUCGAAAAUAUGUUUAGCUUAGUGUAACUUCAGCUGGAUGUUUGACUCUCACUGAGCUGAAUGAUGUAUGUGUAGAGUGUUUUCACAUUUGUCUGCUGAAGGAGGAAAGUUUCUCUGAGCUCUCUUUAAAUCGCACUUGAAGACAUGUUCAUAUGAAAUGAGAAUGAGAACAGCCCUCUGGUGUCAAACUCACAUUCAUCAUUCUACACAGUGAAAUUCAAACACAGACUAAAAGUAACAAUAAGCAGAACAUGCUUAUGAGUGGAGCGGGACUUUAACCAAAACACCAAGUCAGACUUUGAAGGAUGUGAGGACUAGCCAAAAACGUUGUCACUCCCAAGGUCCGACAGGUCCACUAAAAUUGGUCCUCACCAAGAUAGACGAACAACAACAACACACGCACACAAUCAAACACUCAUACACACAUCCUGGGAACAGUUGUCUGUGGAGCUGUUUGACAGCACAGCGGGACAGAGCAUCCUCUCUGAACAACCAAUCAGCUGAAUCCCAGGGGCCGCCCACUGAAGUUGGCCAACACACACUUCACCUCCCCUCCCUCCUCACUCCCCAACUCCCCCCUCCUGACCUCUACUCCUCGUCACUCCUCUUUCUCUACAGAAACCAAACCUGGACAGGUGAACAGACUCUUUCUCGCGUUACCUUGAAAACGCACUCAGAAACACAUCCAAGCAACUGUUAAAGCAAUAGAUGGCGAUGAUAGACGGCAACUUUUUUCUUCAGCAGUGCAGAGGGCGGCAUCGCCUACAGGGAGAACGGAGAUUAAGUGCAACAUAGAAGUAGGCUUUAAGGAGAGAAUAUAGAUAAUUUCUAAAAAAAAAAAAAAAAAAAAAAAAGCUGUGUGUCCGUUUUUGGGGCUUAAUUCAAAAAACGUUAGUAGUCGGUGUCCUGUAAAAUCAUCCUCUGGGUUAUUGUGUAAUAUCGAAAGCAUAAGUGUCACUUUCCCAAAUCUGGUCUGCUGAUAUUUUUCUUUUUAUCAACAAAUCCCAUCGAAAAAAGACUCAAACCAACAAUUAAUUGGUUCUACUAACAAGCAUUGUGUGUGUAUCAAAAGUCGAAUAUCCUUUCCUGUGUGUCACAGAGCUCCAUUGCUCUACACGACAGUGAGUCUCACUGUACCCUGACAUGUUCCUUCAUCACCCUGAACACACACACUGUGGUUUAUUUUGUCCCAAUCCCACACACACCAUCCUGCUGCCCCAAAUAUUCAUCAGAGCACCAAAUGUGGAUUAAUUUGCUCCCAACAAAUGCAUUAUUUCGUCCUGUUUCAGUAACGUCUGUUAAAAAAACUGACCAGAUGUUUUAGGAAAUUACUGAGCCUUUUAAAUGUGACGUUGAAAGUUAUUUUUAUGCAUCAAUUAUCUUCUGAGGCUGUUUUGGAGCUUUAGAAGAUAACAGUUGAUGUUCCAAUUUCAUUUUUCUUUUAAUGCUUUGACGACUUUUUGAACAUGUUGUCUUUUAAUGAUCAAAAGCUCCAAAACAGCUUCUAAUGACUGUUUCCUGUUGCUGAGUGAACUUUCACUCUACUUUUAAACAAUUACGGACGAGAAAUAAUGGAUCGUGCGAUAUGAUCAGAAACAGCUACUUAAUGGACCGUGUGGUGGGAUUGUUUUAUCAGCUUUAUAUCUGUGAGCCAAAAAGAUUUAAAGAUUUACACCUUUAGUGGGAGCAGAUGAGGCUGAGAGCCACAGACAGGAAGUCAAAGUGCUGCGAACAAACACAUUGUUGGUUUGGGUCUUUUUUAAUGGGAUUUGAUGACAAUAAGAAAAAUACAGAACAGUGCCAGCUUUUUUCUUUAAGUUCGGGCUGGGUGUUAUGGUUGAAUAACAAGAAUAUUUAAUAAGAAGAAUAUUUUUCUUACGUAUAUUAUAUACAUAUAUAAUGUGAUAAAAUCACGAUCUGUGCAGAGUCAUAGAAAAUAAUCAGAUUCAUGCUCAUUACAGUGGAAAAAACCCUUCCAUUUCAAUGACCUUUUCCAGGUUUUCAAUGAUAAUUUGCCUGGAAUCAUUCAACAUAAUUUUGUGAAACAUGAUGUGUUUAAUUCAUCAUGAUCCAUUCAAGUGUUUGAAUGAUAAUGUGUAAUGAUUAUUAACUGCCCGGCCUUAAACGUGUCAUGACACACACAAAACAAAAACAGUUCAUGGUCCUGUGACUGUCAACAGAAUUGGCCACAAUUCAUCCAAAGAUGUCAACAUUUAUCUCAUCUGAUUGGUCCUGAUGAGACAGUGUUAGCCAAUCACAUUUGUCCAUUUAUGCCUCCUCCAACAAGUUCCAGAGGCCGGCUGUGACGCAGCGCCACCCCCUGCUGGACGGCACCAGGAACUCACCCCACAGGAGCUGGAAUAAGAGAGCAAAUAUGAAUAUUUUAUUUUUGGUUUAUUGAGGUGAUAAUUUAUUUUUUUAUUGUACCUUUACCCAUGUGUGUGGGAAAAUGUUUUGUCUUUUACAUGCCCCCUCCCCCCCUCCUCCCCCAAAAUGUAUAACAUGUAAAGAGAUUCAGAGACACAGUGUGUGAGAAGUCAGGAGAAUUACACAGUAUUAUUUGAGCUAACUCAAGUCUGUUAAAUCUGCUGCUGACUCAGCUUCAGUCCAACACUCAAAAAAUCAGAUUGUGUUUAUUCAGAAAACUUGCAGUAAGUCCAGACUUGAGUGAGCUCAGUGAGCCCAACACUUCUGCCUGCUGUGGAGCUGUUGAUCUGCUGGGAAGCUCUGUUGAACGUGUGUGAGUGUGAGUGUGUGUGUGUUAGAACAGGUAGACACCAUCUUUAGACUUUGGUUUGUUUCACUUCACAUUUUAAGGAGUUGGUAAAGACGUGCAUGCACAUUAAUGUCCUCCUGUUUGGGUCAGUUUCCACCACGGCGUCAGAACAUUCUUGUUACAGCCAUCAAGAGUCAAGAGCAGCGAUGGUCCACGUGUCCUCUCAGAUCAUGAUAUCUCAUCAUGGAUAUUAGCCUCAAUGAUUGAGUUAUUUAGCAGCAUUUUUUUGCAUCUGACAUCAUCCUGACUGUUUGUUAGAACAGUGGAAGUAAGUGAGAUUAAAUCUUUCCAGAAGCUUU